AUGGUAUUAAGAAUAUAAAGUAAUACAGAAGCAAUCUUAGCAAGUUUAUACUAAGAAGUAGAGGUAAAAUAAUAACUAAUACAAAUAGGAAUCUUUCAACAGAAUUGAUACAUAACUUAAUUAACUAUUGAAUGAUAAGGGUAAUUUAGUCAACAUAUUACCAUCUCAAGUAUUAUCAGAUUUACCAAAAAUCAAUUCUAAUACUUUACUUCAAUUUUAAAAUGACAAUUUUCCAUAAUAAAUAAUUUAAUAAGUGAUUUCCUUAAUCAAAAAUAAAAAUCAAAACCAAAACCAAAAACAAAAAAACAACGAGCAAUAAAAUCUUAAACCAUUUACUUAUUAAUUAAUCUAGUAGAACUCAUAUUAAUAAAAUGAAAAAUGCUUCAUAAUUGCAUUUAAUAAAGAUUGUUCAAUGUUGUUUGCUGCGUGUAAAAGCGAAAUUAAAGUGCUUGAAUUUAAAUUAGGUAUCUUGAAACAAGUUUAACUUUUAAGUGAACAUACAGGCCCUGUUUUUACUUUGAAUUUCAUGAAGAAAUCAGUUCAGUUAAUAUCUGGGAGUGCUGAUCUGUAGAUAAUAAUUUGGGAAAGAAAUCAAAAUACUCAUGGCUGUGUUAAUACAAAUUGA